AGCCGAGCCGGGCCGGGGCGAGCGGCCUGCGCUGCCGGCAUGGUGCAGCAGGAGCCGGCCGGGGCGGCGGGGGAAGCCGCUGCCCGCCCCGCUGAGGUGCGGCUGUCCCGGCGUCGCUGGGCCGUGGUGUUGCUCUUCAGCAGCUACUCCCUGUGCAACGCCUUCCAGUGGAUCCAGUACGGCAGCAUCAACAACAUCUUCAUGCGCUUCUACGGCGUGAGCGCCUUCGCCGUCGACUGGCUCUCCAUGAGCUACAUGCUCACCUACAUCCCCCUGCUCUUCCCCGUCGCCUGGCUGCUGGACAAGCGGGGCCUGCGCCUCAUCGCCCUGGUGGGCUCGGCCCUCAAUGCCCUGGGUGCCUGGGUGAAGCUGGGCAGCCUGAAGCCUCACCUCUUCGCCGUCACCGUCCUGGGGCAAGUCAUCUGCUCCCUGGCCCAGGUCUUCAUCCUGGGCAUGCCCUCGCGUAUCGCCUCCGUCUGGUUUGGCUCCCACGAGGUCUCCACCGCCUGCUCCAUCGCUGUCUUUGGGAACCAGCUUGGCAUCGCUGUGGGCUUUUUGGUCCCUCCAGUUCUGGUUCCCAAUGUGGAGGAUGUGGAGAAGUUGGCCUAUCACAUCAGCAUCAUGUUCUUCAUAACUGCAGGUGUGGCAACAGCCCUGUUCAUCCUGGUUGUUAUAGUCUUCAAGGAGAAGCCCCUGCACCCGCCGAGCCGAGCUCAGGCCUUGAUCCAGUCAAGACCGCCAGAGGAGUAUUCCUACGUGCAGUCAAUCCUCCGUCUGCUCCGUAAUGCCAACUUUCUGCUGCUUAUGGUCACUUAUGGUCUGAAUACAGGUUGCUUCUACGCCCUGUCCACUCUGCUGAACCGCAUGGUGAUCCAUCACUACCCAGGGGAGGAGGUGAAUGCUGGCAGGAUUGGACUCACCAUUGUACUGUCGGGGAUGGUUGGGGCUUUGAUCUCCGGCAUCUGGUUGGACAGAACCAAAACAUACAAACAGACAACGCUAGUCGUCUAUAUCAUGUCUCUGGUGGGAAUGAUAGCCUACACCUUCACUCUGAGCCUAGGCCACCUCUGGGUGGUCUUUGUGACUGCAGGCAUGCUGGGGUUUUUCAUGACAGGAUACCUUCCCCUGGGCUUUGAGUUUGCUGCAGAGUUGACUUACCCAGAAUCGGAAGGAACAUCAUCAGGGCUCCUUAAUGUCUCAGCACAGAUUUUUGGUAUUGCCUUCACCAUCGGCCAAGGGCAAAUCAUGGAUCGCUUUGGGACGAAGGCAGGAAAUAUCCUUCUUUGUUCCUUCCUGUUUCUGGGGACUAUUAUGACAGCAUUCAUUAAGGCUGAUCUCCGAAGACAGCGGGCCAAUUUGGACAAUGAACAGACAAAAGUGAUGCCAGAAGCCUGUGCUGAUCCCAUAAUCCUUGAGGAAUCGAAGCUGUGAAAUGGAGGGGCGGCAGAGCUGGGAGAUGCAGCCCCCUUCAUUCCCAUCUUUGCUACCUCCACCUGUUUCACGUGCCCCAUGGUACAGGAGCUCGGUGAACUGCUUGUGGAGAGUCUCAAAGAGCAAAACAAGAAGGGAGUUGCUUUUUUCAGUUAUACCUCUGCACCUUGCUGUUUUGGAGACUGCUGCUUGGGAGGAAAAGAUGGGAAAACCCACUUCUUAGCCCCCCAUCCCACCGUGUAUGCUUGGAAAAGAAAAAGCACACGUGCUGAGAAAAGCCAUAGUUCAGACUAGCCCCGAGCACAUGAGGGGUGGCACCCUGCACGUGGCUGUGUCUCCACUCACAGGCAAGCUGUGACAUGAAAUGCAGAAGCUGGACCACGCUUGCCCUGUGAGCAGCCCUUGAAGAGCUUUCAGCUGGCUCUCAGGAGGAGGAAUUGCCAGUGAUGCUCUCUGUGUUGCACAGGGAAUGGUAGAAGCCUCAGCACAUCACCAGCAAACACAAAGCAGUGCAUCUGCUGCUGGCGCUGGUUUUACUAUGUGGCUAUCCCAGACGAAGCACUCUUAGUCUGUGGAUAAACCUCUGCUCAGAAUUCACUGAGAUUUCCCUGAUCUUCCUAUAUAUUAGGAGUAAUUGAGAUACCAAUAUGCCUCCUACCUGGAGGCAAGGACUAGUUCUACAGCUUCUGUUGAAGCUGCAGCCUAAACCCAGCUUAUCACUACACAGGAGCGAGUCAAACAAGCUCCCUGGGCUGAGGACUGUAUCUUCCUCCUUAAUCAUGAAGUGCCUUUUGCAUGUUUCAACACUACGUGAAAACUUGUGUUCUAUUGAGAUAACCAGCCCAAGCUGUGUUGCUCUUCACAACCACAGCAAUCAUCAUAUGAUGGGGAUCUGGAUUUGCUCCAGUGUGGAAGCUUCCCACUGUAACAGAACAAGAGAAGCCCCUCUUACCAGCAUAUGUGUCUCAUAGACACUGCCCCUCUGUAUGCUGCUGUUUAUCUUCUAAACACACAUGUAGAUAGUUCUAUCUCUUCUCCUUCCUUUCCAGCAUCUUUCCACUGGUGGAGACAUCAAGUGUCCUUAUACUCCUUAAAUCAUACAGUUAGACAUAGAUCAUUUUUUUUGGGGGGGGGGAGAGGGAGGAACACAAACUACAACCAUGUGGAAUGAAUAGAAGUAGUUCUCUGACAUACCAUUUUUGACAAAACAUUUUUUGGGUGAAAUUAUACAGUCUUGACACAUUAAAAAAUUCAGGUCCUAUCUUUGAUAGUUUGGGAUUGAGGAAGGGCAUCUAAGAUAGAAUUUUAUAUAAAAUAAAAACAUUUGAAGUGUACAAUGAAACCUGACGUAUUCAUAUUAAACGGUUGAAACAGUC